GUGUGCGUCUGGACCGGGUUCGAGGCGGCAGACAGAAGUACAAGAGGAGAAUAGAUGCGGAGAACAGCCCAUAUCUGCAACCACAAAGCAACCUGCCUCACAAAAAAACAUUUUCUGUAGGUGGUGCAGUGGAGAACAAGGUGGUAUCUCUGCUGCUUGUUGCCGAGCCGGAGAGCAUCUUCGCCAUGCCGGACCCCAUGGUCCCCGAGAGCGACAUCAAGGCCCUGACCACACUGUGUGACCUCGCCGACAGAGAGCUGGUGGUCAACAUCGGCUGGGCCAAACACAUCCCUGGCUUCCCUUCGCUCUCUUUAGCAGACCAGAUGAGUCUCCUGCAGAGCGGCUGGAUGGAGAUUUUGAUCCUUCGAGUGGUGUUUCGCUCCCUGACCCUGGAGGACAARCUGGUGUAUGCCGAGGACUACAUCAUGGACGAGGAGCAGUCGAAGCUGGCGGGGCUCCUGGACCUCAACAACGCAAUCCUGCAGCUGGUGAAGAAGUACAAAAGCAUGKGCCUGGAAAAGGAGGAGUUUGUGCUCCUCAAAGCUAUYGCUCUGGCAAACUCAGAUUCCAUGCAAAUCGAAGACUCUGAGGCAGUCCUGAGACUCCAGGAUGUCCUUCACGGGGCCCUGCAGGACUACGAGGCCGCCCUCCACCCAGAGGAUUCGCGGCGCGCAGGCAAGCUGAUCAUGACGCUCCCGCUCCUGCGCCAGACGGCCGCCCGAGCCGUGCAGCACUUCUGCAGCGUCAAACAGGACGGCCGUGUGCCCAUGCACAAACUGUUCCUCGAACUGCUGGAGGCCAAAGCCUGAUCAGAACACAGGAGGAGCCGGCUGCUGGGUCGGAACGGAACCGGGUCAAGUUGAAGAAAUGGGCUUAUGAGUAAUAGCGGGUGUGUCCAUUUUUGUUAACUAGCAUUUGACAAUUUGCCRUCACUGGGAACAUAUCGGCUGGAAGAGUUUUGGAGACAGCCCUCCUGCUUCGUAUGAAAAAGAAAAAGACCUCAACAGGCUAAUGUUCCGACAAAAGAACCAACGGCUUAAAAGCAGAGGAAUCGCCUUCUAAAGAUAUUUACAAUUACAUGCCAAACGUAAUUUCUUUUGUCAAAAAAAAAAAAAAACGCACCUGAUACUUGAAAAUCCACGAGGAUUAUGUUGUUCAUCUUGAAGCCUGUAAAAUCUGCAUUCUAGUGCAUCUAGAGAGCCUCUCUGAUUAGGUGUUACAUAUCUUUUUGUUUUGUACAGUACGAUUAAAUAAGAUGUAAACAGUUAGUUUUGCCAAAGAGUAGACUCGUGUUAAACCAGAACAUACCAGCAAUCGUCCAGAAUCAUUUAACGUGGCUUGGGAGAUGUUCACGACGUCGUUGCUUUGUUUCUGUGUUGCUGCUGGGAGCUGAUUGGCAUCUAAUAAAAGAACAGGCCUCCUGCUUUUACUAUUUCAGGGAAAGACAUGUUUCGAUGCAACAAUUAUUUAUUUAAAAGCGGCUCUGUUCUGUUAGUUUGUCUAACGUCAAUGAAUGAUUUUUAAUUGUUUAUGUAAGAUAAUAUUUUACCAGCUUCUCCGCUCCGACUCUGAYACUGAACUCUGUAUCACAGCAUCAAAAACGUCAUUAUAAAAUUAAAAGUGGAGUCUUUUUGCUUCAGGAUCAUAUAAACGAGCUGUGUAGAACUCUURUAUAAAGGCUGCCAUACUGUAAACCUUGGACUACGAAGGAUGUGUUUUCUAUAGUAGAGGUCUAUGUGUAGGAAGAAAUUUGUGCACUAUUUAAAAUUUUUUUUAGCCAUGAAGUUGGGUGGGGGGCGCUGUUAAUCUGUUAGUGUUGUUUGAAGAGUCGCAGUACUGAAGUCUUUUGCCACACGUGUCGAAUGAAGGGAAUAUGAGCACGCUGUAAAAAAAAAAAAGGUCCAAGUUUUGCUCCUUGUGGCACUUUUUUUUUUCUUUGUGACAAGAUGAAGCAGCGGUACGAGGUUGAAAUAUGUCAUGUAAGAGUUGCUGUGUGUAGAUCGUGUCUCAUACCAGCAGAGGUGUUUAAAGAUUUGCCUGAACGAGCUGUGCUGUUUCAUUCUCAGGUGGAUUCUUGGGCAAUAAAGACCGUCCCCUUAAUGCAAA